AUGUUACAGAGUGCAGUCGUGCCGUGUCGUGCUGAAGAAAUAAUUAUUCGUUGUUUAUUGUGUGAUCAAAAUAGCUGUUGUUUCGAGUAAUACUUGAAGCAGAAAAAUGGAUCAAUCUGCUAAACCCGAUACUCUUGGCGAGGAUUUCGAACCUCGAGAUUAUCAACGGGAAAUGAAAAAAGUUUGCAUGCAGAAGAAUACGUUGAUAUAUUUGCCAACCGGAGCCGGCAAAACACACAUCGCAUUGAUGGUCAUCAAAGCGAUGGCCGGUGAUUUGACCAAGCCUCUGUCACAGGGCGGAAAGCGAACCUUCUUCGUUGUCAAUACGGUAGCCUUGGCAAAGCAACAGGCGCAGUUUUUAUCCCGAAAUGUGCCGUAUGAAACGACAAUUUACACAAGCGAUCGGAAUGUCGACACGUGGAAGGCGGAUUUGUGGCUGGAAGAGUUCGCCAAAUAUCAGGUGGUGGUUUGCACCUGCCAAAUUUUGCUAGACGUUUUGAAACAUGGCUAUUUGUCUGUUAGACACAUCAAUCUGCUUAUUUUCGAUGAGUGCCACCAUGGAGUUGGGGAUCAUCCAAUGCACGGCAUAAUGGAGCAGUUUCUAAGAACGCCUAAAGUUGAUCACCCCCGCGUUAUCGGUCUUUCAGGGAUGCUUCUGUAUAGGCAACUGAAGUUGGUGGAACAGGUAUCUCCAGAACUGGAGAAGCUAGAGAAUACAUUUUUAUCCACAAUCGCUACUGUGGGCAGUUAUGAUGCGUACACUGAGGUAUGCAAAUUUUCCACUAAUCCGACGGAGCGCCUGAUACGUUAUUCCGAUUCCGUUUCAACGCCUGUCAUUGCGGAGCUUAUCAAAGGAAUCAACGAUUUUAUAGUUACAGUGGAAAACUUCCAUUUGCCCAAAUUUUUGAAUCAAAACAAAUCGCUUCAACGUGACAUGCCCAAGCCGAAAAAGCAGAUUGUGAAGUAUUUCAAGGAAGUAAUCUAUCAGAUUCAGGAUCUAGGACUUUUUGGGGGUUCCAUUGCCGUACUGGGGCUAAUAGUACAAUUCGAACUGGACAAACGCCAGUCUGAUAGCUCUAUGCUAAGAUUACUGUGCCGAGCUUGCAUAACCUACUGCGAGACUCUGCGGCACAGAAUGGAAAGGUUAAUGGAAGGGAUGCCAAUGAAACAAAAAUUAACGAGAUUUUCAUCCAUUAAAGCUCGUCAGCUUAUCAACUAUCUGGAGGAAAGCUAUCAUACGAGCUACGAUAAAACAGCUAAGGCUUUAAUUUUUGUGCAACGCCGUUUUUCCGCUAAGGUUUUGUACCAUUUGCUUAAGAUAUACUUUUCUGAAACGGAGGAUGCAGACUUCAUCGUGCCGGAUUUUAUGGUCGGCAACAAUGGGAAUAUGCCAGAAUCCAUCGAGCAAAUUUUGAGGGCGAAAAAGGACCGCAAGGUGCUGGAUCGGUUUAAAAAAAAUGAAAUCAAUGUUAUAGUGGCUACGAACGUGCUAGAGGAAGGCAUUGAUUUGCAAAUGUGCAAUAUGGUUGUUAAAUACGACCAUCCGCAAACGUUCGCGUCUUAUGAGCAAUCCAAAGGACGAGCAAGGAUGGAGGACAGCCAGUACGUUGUCUUCGUGAAUGAUGCUGACCGAGAUAAGUUCCUUAAAAAUUAUGUAUUGUAUAAAAGCUUCGAAGAGGAAUUGAGAAAGUGUCUUAUUGGAAAAACGAUUAAUCGCCCGGAUCCACUGGAUGAAGAUGUUCGCAAAGAAUUGAUGAAUGAAAUUAUACCGCCUUUUUUCACGCCCAAAGGAGCAAAAUUGGACGCCUUAUCGUCGAUUCAGUUGCUGAAUCGAUAUUGCAUGGGUAUGCCACGGGAUGCCUUCACGAAUACCAACGUGUCUUGGGAACGGACCGAUCUCCCGAAUGGUAAAAUUGUUGUGAGCGUUCUGCUUCCGCUGCAAUCAACGGUUCGGGAAAAAAUAGCAAGUGCUCCCAUGACUAACGUCAAAUUAGCAAAACGUUCUGCAGCAUUCAAUGCCUGUAAGAAGUUAUACGAACAGGGUGAGCUGAGCGAUUACUUAAUUCCGAUCGAUAGUAAGCGGCAAUUGGAAAGCUUAAGUAAUGUUUAUUUUGAACACUGGAACAAGUUUGCGGAUGAUCGCGCUAAAGUGGCUGGAACGGCAAAAUGCUUACGCAGUCAUAGCAUCAAAAAUCCGCCUCAAACAACCAAUUGUUGCCCGCAACCAGGCAAGCCCUGCUUCCUAUACAUCAUUCGCAUAAAAGCUGGGUUUGAGCAAGAUCCUUCAAACGAAAAUAUUAAGAUUUUCCAUCAGCUGUACAGCAGCGAGAACAAUUUCGGUAUCAUGACUACCAAAGCUCUACCGAUGUUGGCAGGAAUAAAACUAUUCGUCACUCUUGGAUUGAUCGACGUUCAGAUAGUCCCGGAACCGAUCGUACUACCGAACGCUGGCAGUGUAGCGGAAUUAGAAGAGCUGAAAAAAUUCCACGUUAUGGUUUUCCGUGACAUGCUUAAAUUGUGGAAACAGUUUUUGGUUGUAGACAAUUCGAACGACGCCAACAGUUUUCUCAUCGUACCGUUGAAGCAUUCGCAGGAGAUCGACUGGCCGAUCGUGAAACAAUUUCCAUACCUUGAAGAGCCAACCGAACUAGCACCGAGAGCUCGCGAGAGAAUGAGAUUCGAUCCAGACCGGUAUCAUCAUCGUGUCAUUCUGCCGUGGUAUAAAAAUAACAUGGAACAAUUUUACGUGGUAACGAUGGUGCAUGAACAUCUGACUCCGGAGAGUCCGUUCCCCAAUCCGCAGUACAGGUCGUACGAGGAAUACUUUUCUACCGUAUAUCAUCAGCACGUUGUGAACAAACAACAGUUCCUAAUUGAGGUGAAAGGAAUUACCACAUACUUGAACCGACUCAGUCCGGGUUCUGAGCAAGAAGGCAGAAGCACACGUUCGAAGCAUUGGACUUUCAACGAAAUUUUAAUACCGGAAUUGUGCUACAAUUUUGAGUUCCCGGCUGACUAUUGGCUUAAAGCUACAAUGCUACCGAGCGUUUUGCAUCGUAUUCACUAUUUGCUACAUGCCGAAAAUCUGCGCGUAGAUCUAGCGACAGCAGUUGGUAUCGGAUGUCUGGAGAAUCGCAUCGUCGAUAGUCUAGAUGUUAUUUACAAGGAGCGGCCCGCAGAGGCCAUGGAGCUCGACGAAUUAAUUUUCGAAAGCGACGAUGACGAGGACGACGAAUUCGAUUAUGAAGAGGCGAAAAAGGAACUGAGCAAGCCACAAGAUCUAUCGCAAGUGUUACGGGAGCAGUUGAAUAAUUUUACCGAUGACUUGGUUCUGCCUUGGGCAGAAAAAGAUGAACCGGAAGACAUCGAUAGGAAGUGGGAUGAAAUUACGAAAAUUGACAUAGAUUACUACGACACAUUCGUUAGAAAAUUCUCGGAUUUGAAUUUGCGAGAGAAUGUAGCGAAGAACAUGAGUAGCAGCUAUACCACUGCUAUUCACAGACGGACUACCAGCGGUAGCCCGAGCCACCUCCCAGCGAUCGGUGAUGUUCCGCUAGAUGAAAAAUUUAAAAUUAAAAUGUUAAGCUUAACGCCUCAAAACACCGCCCAGGUAACCGUUCAGCAGAAAGAUAUAAUCAAAGCCAUAACCACCAAACCAUCGGCCGACGUAUAUGACCUGGAAAGAAAUGAAUUGCUAGGCGAUGCCUUUUUAAAAUUCGCAAUCUCGGUAUAUCUGGUCAAACAUCAUAAAGAUUGGCAUGAAGGUUAUCUGACCGCAGUUAAAGGAAAACUGGUCAGUAACCGAAAUUUGGUCUAUUGUGCUAUGCAGCUUGGUACGCCUGGGAUGAUGAAAAUCCAUAAAUUCGAUCCGAAGAAUGACUGGCAGCCUCCUCUGGCGACUGUACCGCAAAAAAUUAAGCUAGCAAUGGUCGAAGGCAACCAAUCGGCAAGAAUUUUGUAUAAAUUACAACUCUCCGAAGAGGAAGUGAAAUCAGGUUCGGUCGAUUCGGACAAGUUGGAAGACUUCAUGACUUUGCUGGAUGCGGACAAUAAAAACGUGGAUCCAUCUCCAAUGCAAAAUUAUUUGUCCCAGCAGGUGAUGAAUGAUAAGGUUGCUGCCGAUGCAAUGGAAGCAUUGCUCGGUGUUUGCGUGAGUUCGGUUGGCGUUAAAAGAUCAUUCAAAAUGUUGUCGUAUUUGGGAAUUCUUCCGAAAGCGCAGAAUUUGAUUUCAUUGUUGGACGAUAAAAUUCAAAAUCAACGAUUGAAAACCGACAUCUCGCAGAGCGAAUUAGAUGCUUUCCUAGUUAACCCAUCGCGCAUAGAAGGUAUACUGAACUACAGAUUCCAGGAUCGCGCGUACCUUCUCCAGGCUCUUACGCAUGCUUCAUUCCCAACAAAUCGACUGACCGGAUCGUAUCAACAGCUCGAAUUCCUCGGGGAUGCGGUGCUGGAUAUUUUGAUUUCGGCUUAUAUUUAUGAACAUAAUCCAACAAUGAGCCCCGGGCAACUGACCGAUCUUCGGUCCGCGCUUGUAAACAAUGUCACCUUAGCCUGUCUCUUGGUCCGAAAUGGACUUCAUCUGUACAUAUUAUCGGAAUCGGCAUCAUUUAGCGAUACUGUCAACAAAUUUGUUGCCUUCCAAGAAUUGCAAAAGCACGAGAUUACCGAUCAGGUCAGUUUGCUGGUGGAGGAAACCAGUGACAAGAUUGGUGAGUUUGUCGAUGUCCCGAAAGCUUUGGGAGACGUAUUUGAAAGUUUGGUGGGAGCAAUUUUCUUGGACUCGGGCAAUGAUCUGGAAAUAACGUGGAAGGUGAUUUACGGCCUGAUGCAUAAUGAAAUUUUGAACUUUACGAAAGACACACCCAUCCAAAUUGUGCGCCAGUUGUACGAGUUUAAGCCGAAUUGUCUACCGAAAUUCUGCCAAGCCGUGAUCGACGACGACACUGUAAUGGUAAAAUUGCAGUACCGCAUACGAAAUCAAGCCAAGGUGGCGUACGGCUUUGGCCAGAACAAGGACGAUGCUAAACGAGCGGCCGCCAAGGUAGCUCUCAAGGAAUUGAGACAGCAGUGAUGCAACUGUGUGUAUGCAAGGCGCUGCUCCUGGAAAGAUUUUUUUGCUUUUUAUUUGCCGAUUCAUGUUGGUUUUAUUCGUAUAUCUUUGUGCACGAGAACGAGAAGACUGGUUCAUCCGUUGACUGCUCAACAUUUCCAGAUUAUAGAAAAGAAAAUCAAAAUUGUUUAAAAGUAAGUAAGUUUAACUAUAGUUAGUAAUUUGCAUUAUAGAGUUCAAAUUGUUACAUUCUCCGUACGGUACGUGCAAGCAUUUGUGUAUGUGUGUGUGCCUUCAAAAGAGGUUAGCUCUUCCACUAGUGUAAGCAUUUUUAAACGAACAACAAUAGUUAGGUAUAAGAUUACUCUCUAGCCUGUCGGUUAAGUUCGAUGUGCAUUUGUCGGAAAUGACCCAAACCCGAAUAUUACUCUGUAAAACAGACUUUUAGUUAUGUAAUUUAAGUUGUCCGUACGUACUAAAACCCAUAUCGUUACAAUCAAAUACUUGCUUCAAUGCUUAUUGCACUAUAUUCAAAGAAUGCCAAAAAUGAUUUCGAAUUUUAGCAAGUACGCAAUAGCUAUUGGAAAUCGGAAAUAAGACUUCGGCCUAGCCACGUGAUAUUUGAUGU